GGUGUUCUUGUUCUGUCGCAAAAUGCGCACGUGCGUCGUGCGUCUGCGUGCAUUUUCGAGUGCUGCCGGUAGUAUUGAAUAUGCCGAAUGUGUGUGCUCGUUUAUAACUGAGAUUUAAUAUAAAGCUGCUACGAGGUGCGAUAACACGAUAACUCCUUGAAGACGUAAAAGGCCAACGUCGACGACUGCUUCGUGCGGAGUACUGGCACUGCUCGAGAAAGGGCCCUGAUGGUGAAGGUGCUACAGAACCUGCAAGAUGCUUCCACAAUGUGGAAUUGCAAGUCGCGACCUUGUGUUGGAGACUCCUCAACAUCCUUUGCGGGCCGGGGGCAUGAACAGCUCCAUCGCAGGUACCGCAAUGGAAAUCGGGUCUACUUACGGGGCCCAGCUGUUAAGCCCAAUAGCCUUGGUGUGGAGUCCAUCCGUGUGCCCUCUGCUCACCGCACCAAGCGGAAUAAGGUCCCCGAGGCCUUGCCGCAGUACAAGAAGUGGGCUCCUAUGGAGGAAGUGCGGCACUCUGAGGCGCUGCACUUCCUUCCCCUUGAAAGCUGCAACAAGUGCCUGCCUUUGAGCAAGGUGCAGUUAAGCAUUGGUGCAGGUUCGACUUUGCAAGGACUUGACAAUGCCCUCAAUGUGCCAACCAGUUGCAGGAGUUGGCUGACACCAGUAGAAUUUCUGAAGAACUCUAUUUAUCUUACUUGCAAAAGCAUACCACAUGACUAUGUGCCUAUCCCUAAAGAAAUCCUGUCUUCUGAAAGGGUCGAAGAUGCUAUCAACCGAGCUAUUGAAGAUGAUCCUGAAACCGACAGAGCAGAGCAUAGGAAACGGGCUGCUAGUAUCUUUGAGCGUAUGCGAGCGUCCAUUUCUACAACAUUGCUAAGGGUGGCAGUGUGGUUCAUGCAUCGUAUCAUGUCCCGCAUGUUGACUGGUGUGUAUGUGCCAAGGGGCCAGAUUGACAUGAUCAAACGAGCCACAGAGCAAAACUUCCCCAUGGUUUACUUGCCCCUGCAUCGGAGCCACCUUGAUUACAUCCUUGUGACCUACCUGCUAUACCUCAAUGGCAUGAGGGUGCCACUUGUGGCUGCUGGAGACAAUCUGCUCAUUCCUAUUUUUGGGCAGUUGCUACGAGGACUGGGAGGAUUUUUUAUUAAGCGGAGACUUGACUUCAAGGAUGGACGCAAGGACCACGUGUACAGAGCUGUUCUUAAAGAGUACAUGAAAGAGAUUCUGAAGGCAAACCACAGCUUGGAGUUCUUCCUCGAAGGAGGCCGAUCACGAACUGGGAAAACGCGCCUUCCAAAAGCAGGUCUCCUGUCCGUCAUCGUUAACGCUCUCACUGAAGAACCUGUGGAAGAUGUUUACAUAGUACCCAUUUCCAUAAGCUAUGAGAAGCUGCUAGACGGAAACUUUGUCAGUGAGCAGCUGGGAGAGCCAAAGGUCAUGGAGACAUUCACAGCAGCACUCACUUCCAUCUGGAGGAUACUGCAUUCCAACUAUGGCGCUGUUCGUGUUGAUUUCUGCCAGCCAUUCUCACUUAGGGAGUUUCUCAAGUCUGCCAGAACUUUGUCUUUGGGGCCAAUGUACUUUGACUGCCCACUUUCUUUGCUGGGGUCUGCAAAGGACGAUGCGCGUCUAAUCAAGAGCAAAGAGUGUGCAAGUGCAAGUUCACUGGCCAGUGCAGACAGCUUGCCAGAAGACACUCGAACAGCUAUUAAAAGCCUUGCCAACCAUGUUGUUUACCAGUCAACAGCAUCUCUUGCAUUGAUGAGCACAAACUUGGUUGCCUUCCUACUUCUCACAAAACAUCGAAAGGGUGGCACACUGCAGCAGUUGGCGGAAAGCCUUUGCUGGCUGCGUGCGGCGGUGUCGCUGCGGAAUCACCAGGUGAUGUGCCCUGGUGAGAGUGCAGAUUCGGUGCGCCACGCGUGUUUCCUGCUGGGCAAGGAAAUGGUCAUCUCUGAGACGGUCCAGAUGGAGUGGUCAUCGGGUGACACCGAGAAUAACAAUGUCAAGAUUGUCUUCUACCGGCCUGCACUACACCUUCCUUCUGUGCUAGAGCUGCAGUACUAUGCCAAUGCUGUAGUGCCAGUGUUCGUGCAUGAAGCAAUUGUUGUCACUGCACUAUAUUCUCUCACUGGCGACUACAUGACCCUCAUGCAUGGCCAUGACAGCCUUGUAGUUGUUUCAAGGAGUGACCUGUUUAGCAAAUGCCAGGAUCUGAUCAACAUCCUCCAGCGCGAGUUUGUGUUGGUCCUGCCCUGCUCCAGUGUACAGACAGUGAUCAGUGAUGCCAUAUUGAACCUUGUUACUGAGAAUGUUCUAACCAACUGCCAGUGCCCUGGCCAAAAGCAAAUUCCUGGUCCACGCAGUAAGUGGCAGGAGUCUAUAUCGCAAGCCCUUGAUUGGGACGAUGAAAGUGAUGAAACUAAGGAGCACAAGGUCAUUCAAGAACAGUACCGGGUUGCGUUGGAUGAGAAGAACAUUGCCAUGUUGGAGUUUCUUCGCUCUGUGCUUGCGAGCUACCUGGAGUCCUACUGGGUGGUCGCCUGCUCCCUUUCCAAGCUGGUGGGCGCACAGAUGGAAGAGAGAAUAUUCUUCCGACAAAUGCAGAAGGUUGCUCAAGACAAAUUGCAACAAGGGACGCUGUAUUAUGAGGAAAGCUUUGCUGCUGACACACUGCACAAUGCAGUCCAGCUGUAUGAACAAUGGGGUAUUGUGGAACACCACACUCAAGAUGGCAUGCGUGUUCUCUACUUGAAUGAACAGUGGAAUGUGGAUGAAGCCAUCGAUUCUGUGAUUAGCUUUGUGGGGGCAUUCAGGCAGUGACUGAAGGACGUUCACUUGUGAGACAUUCAGCUGGGAACAGCAGCUGCCAAAGACAAAAGCAACUGUUCAUGUCUGGUUUUUGUACUGGUGGCUGCCCAGGUCAAAGAUUUCACUGCUUUUUUUUUUUUUUCUCAAGGUUCUGGUCAUUGCGUGUCAUGUAGUAUGUGUAUGCAAGUGUGCAUCUAUACUUUCAUGGUGCUAAUGAUGACCUGCCUUUCAGUUUUAACGUUAAAGCCUUUUGAUGUCUUUCCAGUUCAAGUUUUUUACUUCGGGUUUUGUGUUCCUUGUUUUUCUAGGCUUGUUAUGGUGUUGAUGGGACCCAUGAACUGUCAGCAUGUUCAUAUCAUUUUCUCCUGCUUUAAGGUAAAACGAGAGAAGAAUCCACUAGGUUAUGUUUUGAAGAGUGAUCUUUCAAAAGGCAGCUUGGUUUAGCAGGAGUUGUUGAACUAGCGAAACUGUGUUCAUGCUGUAACCUUUGCUUUCUGGAGCCUCUAUUGCGUAGUUCGAAGUGUGCGAGGUCAAAGCACAAGUGGCUUAUUAGUGUGCUUUCAUACCUUGUUCGUGUCUUGUUUCAUGUGGAUGUGUGUGUGUGUUGUUCGCACUGAGAAGCAUGACCGUUUCAGAUCAAAGGGUGAAGGAAUUGCACCAUAAAGGGACAAACUGCAUUUCGCUUUCAUGUCGCAUGUAGUCUGUACAUAUGUAAUCAUAUUGUUCAUUUGUGAAUAAUGUCAUUUCAUGACUGUAUAAUUCUGUUUGUGCCAUCAUAGUUAACAAAUGAAGAAACCUUGUCAUAUUCUCAGACAGAAAUGGCUAUAACCAGGAAGUCUGCUUAUUAGUGCCUCCAAGGUGAGCAAUGCGGUGCUGUUGCUAUGCCUUUAGUUGAAAUAAUAAAGAAAAUUAACUAUCUU